UACUAUUUCCUUCUCUCUCGUAAUUUACGUUAUUACCCUCAUAUAUCCUUUGUUUUUCCUCCCGGAAUAUUCUUCUAUACCCUAGAGAAAAUCGUCAUUUCCAAACUUAAAUAUAUCGAGUAUAUUUUUAUUUAUAUAUUUGUGACCCCUGCGAGAGACAACGGCCACUGAACACACUCGAUCUAUCUUUUCUGCUUUAGCUCUCCAUCGUCGUUCCUGUGACUCCUAAGCGUUUCUCGUGAUCAUCGUCUGAAAAACUUGAGAAGAUGGCCAGAAAGUUCUUCGUCGGAGGCAACUGGAAAUGCAAUGGAACUGCCGAGGAGGUGAAGAAGAUUGUAAACACUCUUAACGAAGCUCAAGUACCGUCACAGGAUGUCGUUGAGGUUGUGGUUAGCCCUCCAUAUGUUUUUCUUCCUCUGGUUAAGAGCACAUUGAGAUCUGACUUUCAUGUUGCGGCUCAAAACUGUUGGGUUAAGAAAGGAGGUGCUUUCACUGGGGAAGUGAGUGCUGAGAUGCUUGUGAACUUGGAUAUCCCAUGGGUUAUCCUUGGUCACUCUGAAAGGAGGGCACUCCUUAAUGAAUCAAACGAGUUUGUCGGAGACAAGGUUGCCUAUGCACUUGCUCAAGGUUUGAAAGUUAUUGCUUGUGUUGGUGAAACUCUUGAGCAGCGGGAGGCUGGGUCGACCAUGGAUGUUGUCGCCGCCCAGACUAAAGCUAUUGCUGAUCGGGUGUCAAACUGGUCAAAUGUUGUCAUAGCCUAUGAACCAGUGUGGGCCAUUGGAACCGGAAAGGUCGCCAGCCCAGCCCAAGCUCAAGAAGUACAUGAUGAACUGAGGAAAUGGCUUGCGAAGAACGUGAGUGAUGAUGUCGCUGCUACAACCCGCAUCAUUUAUGGAGGAUCCGUCAAUGGUGGUAAUUGCAAGGAGCUUGGUGGUCAAGCCGAUGUUGAUGGUUUCUUGGUCGGUGGUGCUUCCCUAAAGCCUGAGUUUAUCGACAUCAUCAAGGCUGCAGAGGUGAAGAAAACCGCCUAAUGAGUUCAUCAGAUCCUGAGUUUUCAAAUCAUUUGCUUUACAUGUCUCGUCUCCGAUAAAAUGAAUAAGGUUGAUACUUUUUGCUUCAGUUGUAUUUGGCAAUGUUCACUCUCUUGCUGUGUUGUUUUGAAAACGCAACAAUUACAAAUAUCUUCCCCGUCUUUAAAUAUUUUCGAGUGAAGUAGUGCUCGGUAGUUUUAACCUCACGGCUUGCUUUCCAAAUUCUAAAACA